AAUUCUCCAUUUAUGCCACAUUAUUGAGGUUUAAGCAUCUUUUUAUCCAAGUGUUUAGCUCCAUUUUCCCAUCUAUUAUUGCUGUAUUAUUCUAUUUUUCCAUGCAUCAACCACUUAGACAGAAUCCCCCUCUUUAAAUCACAUUCAUCUCUCCCAUUUUCACUCACCUCGUCGUCCCUGAUUUCCAACAAACAUUUGGUUGGAGAAUGAAUGGGGCUAACGGUAGCUUUGAGAUCAACAUGCCUCCUAUCAGCAAAGAGAAAAAAGGAUCAGAAGCUAGCAAGAAAAUUGCUGAGAAAUACAGCUGCAAAAGCUUCAUUCUGGAAGUGUGGGAGUUUGGCAAAGAAGACACCAACAGAGUGACGUUUUCGCUUAAAGUGGGGCUUGCAGUUCUUCUUGUAUCUCUUCUGAUACUAUGCCGGGCGCCUUACCAAGUUUUUGGUGCCAGCAUUAUCUGGUCUAUCCUCACCGUUGCCAUCAUGUUUGAGUACACCGUUGGUGCAACUUUUAAUAGAGGAUUCAACCGUGCACUAGGCAGCCUUCUCGCUGGAGCCUUGGCCAUCGUCAUAGCAGAGUUAGCCUUGAAAGCAGGACAAACUGCUGAACCUGUUAUAAUUGGUUUCAGCAUAUUCAUAGUUGGAACUGUGACAUCGUUUAUGAAGCUGUGGCCAUCUUUAGUUCCAUAUGAGUACGGAUUUCGAGUCAUACUUUUUACCUACUGUUUGAUCAUAGUUUCUGGAUAUCGCAUGGGGAAUCCCAUCAUGACGGCCAUGGACCGUCUCUACUCGAUUGCCAUUGGAGCAAUAGUUACAGUUGCAGUCAAUGUGCUCAUCUUUCCUAUAUGGGCUGGGGAACUGUUGCACAAGGAGAUUGUUAGCCACUUCGCCUCUCUGGCUGAUGCUCUUCAAGAGUGUGUGGGGAAGUAUCUGAAAGAUGACGGAUGCCAACAUCCCGAGUUUACAAAGACUGUGAUGGAUGACUUUCCUGAUGAACCUGCAUAUCGAAAAUGUCGAUCCACAUUAAACACCUCAGCAAAAAUAGAAUCACUGGCAAGUUCGGCGAAAUGGGAGCCGCCCCAUGGUAGGUUCAUCCACAUCUUUUAUCCAUGGUCGGAAUAUGUGAAGGUGGGUGCAGUCCUCAGAUAUUGUACAUAUGAGGUCAUGGCUCUUCAUGGUGUUCUACAUUCAGAAAUUCAGGCACCAUAUAGCCUGAGAAUCGCAUUCCAGAAAGAGAUUGAAGAUGCAGCAAGAGAGGCGGCAGAGCUAGUUCGUUGUCUGGGAACAGACAUAUCUAACAUGCAUCGAAGCCUCAAACCAUGCCUCCUCAAAAAGGUCCAUAGCUCUGCAGAAGCACUCCAACGCGCACUUGAUAUGCACUCGUACAUCCUCACAUCUCAUCACGACCCUCCAGAUACUUCAUCUAAGGCACAGUCGAGGCUCUCUCAUGCACUGUCAUCGACCUUCUCUAAUCUGUCAAGCCACAUGGGUGAUCUUGACAACAAGCUUCUCGAGCGCAACAACUCUGACCUUCCAUCCCCACCGCUGCAGGAGGAAUCCUAUCAUGAGACGAUGAGAAAACAAUCAAGAAGGCUCCAUUCCUGGCCCUCGAGAGAAGUCGAUGCUUUUGAAGACGAAGGAAAUUUCAGUUCAGGUUGCAUUCCGAGGAUGAAAGCGCUAGAGAGCACUGCCACUCUAUCACUUGCAGCUUUUACCUCACUGCUCAUAGAGUUUGUGGCCCGGCUCGACCACUUGGUUGAGGCAGUUGAUCAGCUCUCAAAGAUGGCAAGAUUUGAGCAGGAGGCUCUCUAA